AUGGUCCAGGAAAUUAUGGAUCAAUUGCCCACGCCACCCGCAACCCCAGCUGACGGAGCUGCUUCCAGCGAGCUAUCAUCACCAACAGAAAAAUCGCUGGUGGAGCUUUCGCAAGAGCUGGAUAGCGUUUUAGAACGCUAUCUCCACCUGUUAGAUCAACAACAGCGACUGCAGCAGGAGAUUGGUCGAGAAUUCUCUUCCGGGUUUUUGUCGCUUGCGUGCGCGAAUAAAUCUUGCCCUCCCGGCCGGCGGUAUGGCGAAGAUUACUACGAUGAGAGGAUGAAGGCGAUAAGGAAACUUCCGUCAUUCACCGUCGAAAGCGUAUCGCUAUCACCUCCUAACGCAAUAGAACCGAAAGAUGUCACUGAAAACGGAAAUGAAGAGACAAAUUCCAAAGCAUCCUCUCGAAGCUCUGACCCAGACGAGCUGAAUAUUUCCACAGAGUCUGAAAAGUCAAGAGCUAACGGGAAGCGGUCCAACCCAAUUAACUGGUUUGGAAUACUCGUUCCUCCAGCUUUACGAAGCGCGCAACAAUCAUUUUGUACGGCCGUCGACGGGCCAAUUCCCUUAUUGGCUACUGUGAUUACUGAAAUGCGCGGAGUUGAGAGGGAUAUAGAGGUAUUGAGAGGCAUGUUGGCCGCUGCAACGGUCGACAAUGAUGGAAACGAAAAAUAG